AUGACUGAGAACCCACUUCCACUGGCCCUGAUAGACGUCUUGGAGGGUCCUGAGCAUAUGAUCCCAUGGAUGAACCAAGUCAAGGCUGAGCUGCAGCGCCUGGGAUUACUGGUCUUGGUCGAGCCAAAAAUUCCCGCUCCUGAGCCCCAUGAAGAAGGUUACGAAUACUGGAAGCAUCUGGCAGGAUGUGUUCUGAACUGGCUGAGGUCCCGGGUGUCGCAUGAGAUCCGUAACAGCCCUCGCUGGGGUUGCUACAAUAUUCGAUCCCCAGUCGAAUACCUGAAUGCCGUGGAAGUCAUCGUCCGAAUUACCGAUGCCCACUCGGCCAGGGAGAAGUGGGAGAAAGCUCUUGGCUUCCAACGCAACGAGUAUAAUUCCGUCCGCGAAUACGUUACCGAGUUGAAGAGGGCAAUUAUGGCCUCAGACCUGGUAGGCAUGUACGUGGCGCCUUUUCAAGCCACCUGCAUCUUGCUCCGGUGGGUGGAAGACCUGGGAGAAGAGGGUAGGCAGUUCUCGGAUAGGAUUUGCUCCACGCUACCACUGAAUAUCGCCAGGAUGAUGACGACGGAACACUUUAUUGACAUUUGUAACCAAGCUAUUGGUUUGGAUGCUCAAUGUCCGACUGCCGACGAAGCUCUUGAGCGUAGCGUUCAGAAUCCGAUUGCCGAAUGA